AUGGACGACUGGCACAGCAAGGCAAACGAAGUGUACAAUUCACUCCAAGGGUCGGAUCAAGAGCCGUUGAACGACCUGCACCGCCGCCAGACACCAACGAGUUCAGCACGGCCUAUCGAUACCGCAGUCCCCACGUUCAUACCUCCGCCGAAUCAAGACAUCACCCCAGAAUUAAUUCAGCAAUCACUGAGUGUGCAACCGCAGAAUACGGCAUUGGUUGGCUCCAUAAUCCCUUACUUUCGAGAUGGCGUCAUCCAAAUCUUCUUGCAGCUGGAUGGCCCAGUAGCUACCACACUUGUGGUCAACUGCAGCACUUCUUUGCCGUGCGGCACAAUUGGAUUGGUCAACCCUCAGCCUAACCUUGCCUUGGUACCUCUGGUUGUGAAUCAAGGUCAAGGACAGCCUCAGACGGCGGUUGCCGAUUGUCAGUGCAUCGCAGUCAACAUUUACAAUCCUCAUAUCGUCACGUACUGGAUCCAGAAACUCAGCGAUGGCAGCGUCUAUUCAAUUCUCGGAAAUAAUGUAGUUAUGGAUAUUGACAAAAUGAAUACGACCCAGAGUACGGCUUUGACUCUGACCGCUCUAUCUCAGGGCGCCGCUAAACGCAGCUUUCAUGAUAAUGUUGUGUACAUUCCACCCGAAAAACGGCAACUCUGGAGCGUUCAAUGUGACUGGCCUUGCCCUUUCUACCACAUGAACAAGAUCAAGGGCACCGAUGGUUACUGCGGCUGCAUGUUCAACGAUGCAGGCAAGGAACUAGACGCCCGAGAACUGAUUGAGCCAAACCUGUACAAUUCAAAGAUGACUGAGAAAGCUUGUGCCGCCAUGACAUGUUUCAACAACGGAGGCGAUGCGACGCCGGCGCUCUUUCAUCCCUUCCACUUGACAUGUUGGUGUAUCACUCAACCCUACAUUGAUUCCAACCCCAGUGCUUGGAGUCCCUCGUCGGGAACAACAUCGUUCUGA